GUGCGUCGCGUUGCGUUGCGUUGCGUCGCGUCGCGUCGCAGUGUGGAGGGGUUUGCCAGUCAGGUGAUCGGUCCGCCAUUUUGUCAGCCAUUUCCUACACUGGUCCGCUGCAGAUCAACGCUUACAGAAAGAGCGAAAGCCCUCUGCACAGGCCGCUGUUCGGGACUGAAUGAGAGACUAGCGCUCUAGCGGGCCGGUCAGUGCUCACAUAAAGCCCGUGUUUGCGGUUCGGUCCGGUAGGACAGGAGGGAAAUCAUCAUGGCUCUGAAGAUCGUGAAGGGGAGCAUCGAUCGGAUGUUCGAUAAAAACCUGCAGGAUUUAGUACGUGGCAUUAGGAACCAUAAGGAAGAUGAGGCCAAAUACAUCUCGACAUGCAUCGAUGAGAUCAAACAAGAACUCAAACAGGACAACAUCGCUGUUAAAGCCAAUGCAGUCUGCAAGCUCACCUACUUGCAGAUGCUUGGCUAUGAUGUCAGUUGGGCUGCGUUCAACAUCGUGGAGGUGAUGAGCUCCUCCAAAUUCACAUACAAGCGAAUUGGCUACCUUGCAGCAUCGCAAUGCUUUCAUGAGGGGACUGAUGUUAUCAUGCUGACAACCAAUCAGAUCCGCAAGGAUCUCAGUAGUCCCAACCAGUACGACACCGGCGUGGCCCUGACAGGCCUUUCCUGCUUCGUGACCCCUGACCUUGCUCGUGACCUGGCCAAUGACAUCAUGACUUUGAUGUCCCACACUAAGCCGUACAUUCGCAAGAAGGCAGUGCUGAUCAUGUACAAAGUGUUCCUGAAGUACCCCGAGUCCCUUCGUCCUGCCUUCCCACGCCUCAAAGAGAAGCUGGAGGACCCAGAUCCCGGUGUCCAGUCAGCAGCUGUGAACGUCAUCUGUGAACUGGCCAGAAGAAAUCCCAAGAACUAUCUGUCCCUGGCACCCCUGUUCUUCAAACUCAUGACCUCCUCCACCAACAACUGGGUUCUCAUCAAGAUCAUUAAGCUGUUUGGUGCUCUCACUCCUUUGGAGCCUCGUUUGGGAAAGAAGCUGAUUGAGCCCCUAACAAACCUCAUCCACAGUACCUCGGCCAUGUCGCUUCUCUAUGAGUGUGUCAACACGGUCAUAGCAGUGUUGAUCUCGUUGUCCUCUGGGAUGCCCAAUCACAGUGCUAGCAUACAGCUCUGUGUGCAGAAACUGCGAAUCCUGAUUGAAGAUUCGGACCAGAACUUGAAGUACUUGGGUCUUCUGGCCAUGUCCAAGAUCUUGAAGACGCACCCCAAGUCUGUGCAGUCGCACAAGGACCUGAUCCUGCAGUGUUUGGAUGACAAAGAUGAGUCCAUCCGACUGAGAGCCCUGGAUCUGCUCUACGGCAUGGUCUCGAAGAAGAACCUGAUGGAGAUCGUGAAGAAGCUCAUGCUGCAUGUGGACAAAGCGGAAGGCACCACUUACCGAGAUGAGCUGCUCACCAAGAUCAUCGACAUCUGCAGCCAGAGCAACUACCAGUAUAUCACCAACUUUGAAUGGUACAUCAGUAUCCUGGUCGAACUGACUCGUCUGGAGGGCACAAGGCACGGCCACCUAAUCGCCUCUCAGAUGCUGGAUGUCGCCAUCCGCGUCAAAGCCAUCCGAGGCUUUGCCGUGGCUCAGAUGGCCACUCUGCUGGACAACGCACACCUGCUGACCGGCAACACGCAGCGCAACGGGAUCUGCGAGGUUCUCUACGCUGCCGCGUGGAUCUGCGGAGAGUUCUCAGAGCAUCUUGAAGACCCCAUGCAGACACUGGAGGCCAUGCUGAGACCCAAAGUGGCCACCCUGCCCGGUCACAUCCAGGCGGUGUACGUACAAAACGCCGCCAAGCUGUUUGCAACAGUGCUGCGGAAGCAUGAAGGGGAGACGGACAGCCAGGCCGCGCAGGAGACCAGCCAGCUGCUUAUAGACAGACUGCCACUGUUCGUCCAGAGUGCCAACCUGGAAGUGCAGGAGAGGGCGUCCUGUAUCCUCCAGCUGGUGAAGUACAUCCAGAAGCUGCAGCAGAAGAAUGUGGAGGUGGCCGAGGAAGUGACGGCUCUCUUUGCCGGAGAACUCAAUCCCGUGGCCCCCAAGGCCCAGAAGAAAGUGCCUAUACCUGAUGGUCUGGAUCUUGAUGCCUGGAUCAAUGAGCCUCCAUCAGAGAGCGAGUCUGAGGACGAGAAGCCCAAAGUGGUGUUCGCUAAAGAAGAACCCAAGCAUUCCAGAUCAAGACACACCGAGGUUGAUGAGAAAGAGUUGGCCAGGAGGAGGGAAGCCAGAAAGCAGGAACAGGCCAACAACCCGUUCUACAUCAAGGCCUCACCAUCAUCUCAGAAGGUGUACGACGCGCCAGGCGUAGAACACAUUCCGGUGGUGCAGAUCGACCUUAGUGUGCCUCUCAAAGUCCCAGGGAUGCCCAUGUCUGACCAAUACCUGAAGCUGGAGGAGGAGCGCCGGCAGAAGGAGAAGGCGGAGAGGAAGAAGAAGGAGAAGAAGAAAAAGCGGGAGAAGCGAGGGAAAGAGAGAAAGGCGGAUUCGGGUCCCGAGAGCGAAGAAGACAUAACGCCUGCUCACCAGGUGGACAUAGUCACAGAGGAAAUGCCAGAGAAUGCCUUACCAAGUGAUGAUGACGAUAAGGAUCCCAAUGACCCUCAUAAAGCUCUGGACAUUGAUCUGGAUAAUCUGCUAUCUGGUUCUAGCUCAAGGCCGCUUGCAGACAGCGAGAAGCUUCCAGUGAGGACCCACCGUCCAGAGGUGCUGAAGAGCCCUGUCGUGGACAGAGACAGCGAGAGCAUCCCGCAGGAGACCAAGAAGAAGGGCGGGAAAGAGAAGAAAGAGAAGAAGAAAGACAAGGAGAAGGACAGGAAGAGGAGCAAAGAGGACAAGAAGAAAAAGAAGAAACACAAAGAAGUGGAGGAGGAGCUUCUGGAGUCCCAGCCAGAAGAGGCCGUCCAAUCAGAGGAGACCAAAGAGGUGGCAGCCCCGCCCACAUCCACAUCUGCUGAGGCCUCGGAUCUGGAUUUCUGGCUCUCUAGCGCUCCUGUUCCCCCCGCCGCCCAGGAGGUGACGGCGCCCUCGUCUGCUGCUGCUGUGGACACGAGCUCUGCGGCCGCCCCAGAAUCUGAACCUGAUGACCCUAAAGACACCGAGCCAGAGGACAUGAAAUCCUCUAAACACAAGAAGAAGAAGCAGAAGAAAGAAAAGGAGGAGAAGGAGAAGAAAAAGAAGAAGCGACACCACCAUCAUCACCAUCACGGUGACGCCGGAGGCGAGGAUUCAGUGCAGAACGGCACCGUGGAGGAGGAGGAGGAGGAGCCUCUGCCGCCCAUGUCCAACUACUCUCUGCUGGCCGAGAACUCCUACAUCAAGAUGAUGAAAGAAGAUGCUGAUCAGGUGUACGACAUCCAGGGCAACCAUCAGGAUGAGAGCAAAGUUGUGGUGUCAGUCAUCUUCGAGAACAAGAGCGACAGCUUCCUGAAGUCAAUGGAGUUCAAUGUGCUGGAUUCCCUCAACUCCAAACUGCAGCGGCCGGAGGGAGCCGGACCUCACGACGGCCUCACCGUCCCCUUCCAACUGCCACCAGGGGUUUCGAACGAGGCCCGCUUCGUGUUCUCAGUGCAGAGUAUCGUCAUGCCUCAGAAACUAAAGGGAACCCUCACCUUUAUAGUUAAGUCGGAUGAAUCCUCUACUCAUGAGAAACUGGACUUCAAACUGCACUUUACAUGCACGUCAUACCUGAUCACCACUCCCUGUUACAGUGAUGCAUACGCAAAGCUGCUGGAGUCGGGUGACCUGAAGGGCAGCUCUCUACGGCUAGAGGGGAUCAACAUGCCUUUCCACCACCUGCUGGCCAGGAUCUGCUUCCACCAUCACUUCUCCGUUGUGGAGAGGAUUGACUCCUGCGCCUCCAUGUACAGCAGGUCGAUCCAGGGUCACCACGUCUGUUUGCUGGUCAAAACCUCCGAUCAGACGGUCUCCAUCGACGCCAAGUGCGACGAGCCAUCGCUGCUGGGGAAUGUCCUGGAUGAGAUCAAGCAAACCUUCUCGAAAUGCUGAUUGUGUCUGAGAGACCCCUCGCCCACGCCGCCCUGAAACCCCCUGAACCCCCAUCCCAGCGCAGCCUGUCCGGCUGAACCACACGCUCAGAAUCAUAUAUCGCACUCUGAGGCUCGUGUCCCUCCUCUUCCUUUGUAUUUAUUGGAUCAGUCGUUCCGCUGUUCUUCUUUUAAUACCACAAAUUUCAAGCCCCUCUCUUGCCUUUGUUUCCCCUCCUCGACCUCCGACGUGCAUUGUGUUUCUUCAUCCUCUUCUUCUUCCAACGGUCUUUCCAUUGUCUUAACGGUCCAUGACUUUCAUCUUGAGAACUGGAUUUUUUUUUUUGUUGUCGAUGCUUGUUGUGUGCUUUUUUUUUGUUUUGCGUUGUGUUGUUUGUUGCGUUUUUUUCUGUCCUGAACUCCAUCAUCGCCUUUCUCUGCAUUAAACAUCAGCGUGUCUGUUCCUUACCAGUUUCGUUGCGCAUGUGUUGCUCUUUUCGAAGGCUAGCCCUUGCAGGACUGGUUUCGGGCCAGAAACAUCCUUCCCACAACUCAUCCUCAAACUCUAACUGCCUCUGAGCACUAAUUUCACACACAAGUGCAGUUGCACAUUGUCGCACGCAUAUAGGACAUAUAGGUACACAGGGUUGCAUUUCUAGACCACGUUUAUACUUGCGAUCCCACGUGAUAUAGCAACAUCAUGUGAUAGCCCUACUAUUUGUGUCCUAAUGUUGGGAGAUAAUACUACAGUUGCAUAUAGUUAACUAAACUGCACACUAACAAACCUUGCUCAGGAUAAUGACGGUUAGAGAAAGUGGCGAAAUGAACAAAAUCGGAUUAUUUUACAUCUUGCAAAUCCGAUAUAGUAAUUCUUGUACUUUUAUGUUCCAGUUAAUGGACGCUAGGGUUGCAAAGAGGUGGAAAAUUUCUGGUAAAUUUCGGAAACAUUCCAGAAAUUUUGGAAACUA